GUAGUACAGAUACAUCAAUACAACAAGAUACAGGGAUAGUUAUCGAUGAAACGAAGGUGGCUUACAUGUUCAAAUAAUUCUGGCUUCUCUUGGAAUAAGAUCCAGAAAGUUUAUCCUUCAUCUUUUGUUGCAACGCAGUUAGCUUUGGUGCAGCCGCUGCUUUGCUGGUUGUUUCUGCUUUAGUUUCUACUUUAGGUGCAGCGGGUUUGACAUGCUCUUUCUAAAAUGUGAAGUUGCAUCAGUCUCCACUUUGUCAAACAGCCCUUCGUUAAUAAACAUGACAUACGCACCUUAGAUUCGACUUUACUUGCUUGACUGUUUUCGGUUUUGGACGACGAUGAUUUUGCUAGAGCCUGGUAGAAUGUUGCCUCAUUAGAGACGCCUUGAGGAAUAUGAGUUUUAAAAUCAUUACUUACCGCUUGCAAUUUUUUCUUUUGCUUAUCGUCAACCUUCUUAGUAGGCACCGCCGGUUUCGCUUUCGUUUGUCCGUUGAUUUCGGGAGUAACAUCGCUUACUAUAUCAUCAGCUUUAACUUCAGCUUUAACUUCAUCUUUGCCUUCAUCUUUAGCUUGCUGUCUUUGUUGGCGAGCCAGUCUUUUCCGUUGAGCUUUACUCAAGGUUGGACCGCUGUGUUCCUCUGUUGCAGUGUUGGCGUUGUUAGAAGUAGCUUGUACUUCAGUACUCUUUUGAGCAAUUGGUUCGCUGUUAUCUUUUACUUUUUUGUUGACUUGUUUUGCUGCUGGCUUUGCCGCCGGCUUUGGCUCUUCGAGAACCAUUACAGACUGGGGAACAUAGACAUCCUGUGGGUCAGCGGAAAGUACCGAGACGUAAUUGCUACGGUUGGUUCCUUGACCCACCGACAACUUGGAUUCGACUUCCAUAUGAUCCUUAGUCGACGUUUUUGUAUCAUUUCGAUGCACCGAUUCGCGUGCGUUUUUGGAAAAUGAUUUGUCAUUCGUUGCCCUUGCGUCGCUGUGAUCUUGCGUUUGCCUAUAUCCUGUUUACCAUUCUUGUUCGCAAUCGGUGUAGGUGUUGAAACCUGCUCUGCUUCUUCUGCUCGUACCUUUGGCUUGCGAGGAGCGGCUUGGCCAAGGGCUACUUCAACCAACU